AUGUUGUACACGAAAAUCAUUGCUUUUACCUCCCUCCUCGCAGGGGCACUUGCCGCCCCCCACCCCCGUGCCUGUGACUACACCUGCGGCAGUAACUGCUACUCGUCCAGCGCAGUCUCGAGCGCUCAAGAUGCCGGAUACAAGCUGUACGAGGACGGCAAGACGGUCGGCAGUAACAACUACCCGCACAAGUACAACAACUACGAGGGCUUUGAUUUCCCUGUUUCGGGCACGUAUCAGGAAUGGCCGAUCCUGAGCUCCGGGGAUGUCUACAAUGGGGGAUCACCGGGCGCGGACCGGGUAGUUUUCAACACGAAGAAUGAGUUGGCGGGUUUGAUUACGCAUACUGGGGCGAGUGGGAAUAACUUCGUGCAGUGCAAGUCUUAA